CAUUCAAGAUGGCGGAGGACAUUGUAAAGCAUUCAGUUCACACCCUUGUGUUUCGUUCUCUGAAGAGAAGUCAUGAUAUGUUUCUUCAUGAUAACGCUCUACCGCUGAAAAGGGAUCAAAAAAGUGAUGAAGUGAAAAGAUUAUGCAAAGUUCGUGAUGAAUAUUUUGUGGUGAAAGACUUGGUUCCUGCUAAAGAAAACACUGCAUCAAACAGAAAUCCAGCAACUGGAGAGUACCCAUCACAAGAAGUUUCAGAUGUGCCCCCAUUAAUACAAGGAUCACAUCCUUAUCCAUCAGCACCAAGUGUUGCACUGACUGCAGACACUGCAGCAAACAUAAGGUCCCCAUCGCAGGCUGGAGUUCAACAACUCAUGUCAGGUUUGCCACCUUCAGCAGCACAACUCCAAUCCCAGAAAGAAAGCCCAGGUGUUUUGGCCAUUCAACAGAAGGCUUCAGCCUCAGGUGGAAAGGAGAGACUUGGGCCUUCAUCUAAAGCAUUGGUUUCUGUUGGAGGAAACAAAUCAUCAACAGCAUUAAUUCAGCAAAAGAAAGCGGCAACCUUGCCCAAACCACAGUGGCAUCCACCAUGGAAACUCAUGAGGGUAAUCAGUGGCCAUACUGGUUGGGUAAGAUCAGUUGCUGUAGAGCCUGGUAACCAGUGGUUUGCUACAGGAUCUGCUGACAGGACAAUCAAGAUAUGGGAGCUUGGAAGUGGCAAACUUAAGUUAUCCCUAACUGGCCAUAUAAGUACUGUUAGGGGUUUGGCUGUGAGUCCAAGACAACCAUAUCUGUUUUCAUGUGGAGAGGACAAACAAGUCAAAUGCUGGGACUUGGAGUACAACAAGGUUGUGCGGCACUACCAUGGUCACCUGAGUGCUAUUUAUUCACUGGAUCUCCAUCCUACAAUUGAUGUGUUGUUCACUUGUGGUAGAGAUGCAACAACCAGGGUUUGGGACAUGAGAACCAAAGCCUGCAUACACACUCUGACAGGUCAUACAAGUACAGUAGCAGUUGUUAAAGCUCAGGCUGCAGAGCCUCAGGUUGUUACAGGAAGCCAUGACUGUACCAUUCGUCUGUGGGACUUGGCAGCUGGCAAGUCUAAAGUCACCCUUACUAAUCACAAGAAAAGUGUCAGAUCUGUAGUGUUACAUCCAACACAGUUUUCAUUUGCUUCAGCUUCUCCUGACAACAUCAAACAGUGGAAGUUCCCAGAUGGGAAUUUCCUUCAGAAUCUGAUUGGACACAACUCUAUAGUGAAUUGCAUGGCAGUUAACCCUGAUGGCGUCUUGGUUUCAGGAGGUGAUAAUGGAACGAUGCAUUUCUGGGAUUGGCGUACAGGUUAUAAUUUCCAGCGAUUACAGGCAGCUGUGCAACCUGGCUCUCUGGAUAGUGAGGCUGGUAUCUUUGCAAUGACCUUUGACUUGAGUAGCAGUCGACUCAUCACAUGUGAAGCUGAUAAAACAGUCAAGAUCUACAAAGAAGAUGACACAGCUAGUGAAGAAACCCAUCCUGUGAGUUGGAAACCUGAGAUAUUGAAGAGGAAACGAUACUAGACAACUGCACUCUCCAUUUUGAAAAAUAGAGAACUCUAGAUAUCAUAGCCCCUGUACCUUCAAAACUUAAAGUCUACUUUACUUUUGUCAAUAGUGGGAAGCUGCAAAGUUUGAAUCUGUACCACUCAAGGCCACUGUCAUAAUGUUAAUAAAAAUACUUUUUCUGAAAA